GCACACACUCACACACACACACACACACUCACUCACACACAAACAGGUUUGGCAGCACAGUGGUAGGGAAUUUCCCUGCUUUGCCUUCUUAACGCUCAUUUCCUGUAAGAGGAGAAAGCAGGAAGCACUUCCGCGUGCGUCGAACAGGUGACACUGACACACCUGAGACAGUUUGGAUGUGAGAGGUUAAUCCGCUGAAUGAUGGCGUCGUGUUCAGAAGCGUCCUGUCCUCAUCUCAGCCUUCCGGUCGAGAUGGACGAGGUGAUGACAUCAUCAUCUCUGAACUUGGCCUGGCCGGCGUGUCAGAAGUGUUCGGCACGUGCUGAUGACAUCACACCCCCAAGAAAUGACAUCAUGGUUAACGAUGGGCGAGAGGUCGAAUGCUCAGAUGCCUGUUUGAGAGAUCGUGCGUUGGGGUUAAAGGUCAAUGGGCCUGCAUUUCCUGUAGCCACGCCCACCGAGCUGGGCGCAUCACGCACACAUCAUGUCCCGCGUCCACUGGGAGGUGUGUUCCGGCUCCCCCUAGAGGACGAGCUGUGUGAGAACGUCUCAGCCAUGUUUCCUGAAGCGGGUUACGGAGUGAAACGCCACUGGAACGUUCCGAGCGAGGAUGAGGAGAGUCUGGAGCCGCCUCUUCCUCUCCGCUCCGAUGUGGGAGAGACUGAGCACCGAUUCGCUCGACCUGGACCGACACGUUCACCUCUCUAUGCUGUAGAUCCUCAAUGUCCCAGAUGUCCACCUCCACCUGUAAACCUGCUACCACCACACAUACAUGAACACCAGAAACAAGCCAGGCAGAUGCAUCUCAAACCUGCGGUUCCCAUGGCAACGCCCCAGGCCACCACCCGUGUGAGAGACACACCUGAUGUGAUGACAGAGGCGUGCGUUCUUCCCUCUCAGCCAAUCAGGACGGGCCGUGUCCUGGCACAGGAAGUGAGGCGCACCAUCAGUCUCCCGGACGACUGCCGAACCGUUUUCAUCACGUAUUCGGUGGACGUGGCGGAGGAGAUCUUUCCGUUUGUGACGUUUUUGAUAAAUCAAGGCUUCAGACCUGCGAUCGAUAUUUUCGAUAACGCCGUGCGGCAGAUGGACGUCAACAAGUGGAUGGACAGCUAUUUAAAGGACAAAUCGGUUCUGAUCAUCAUGGUCAUCAGUCCGAAAUACAAGAUCGACAUCGAGGGCGACGGAUCGGACCAACACGGCCUGCACACCAAGUACAUACACAGUCAGCUGCAGAACGAGUUUAUCCAGCAGCGCUGUCUAAAUUUCAGACUCGUCCCUGUUCUCUUCCCCAGUGCUAACCAGAGUCAUGUCCCCUUGUGGUUACAGAGCACUCGUGUGUUUCGGUGGCCUCGCGAUGCUCAGGAUCUGCUGCUGCGUUUACUGAGAGAGGAGAGAUACAUCGCUCCCCCGCUCGGCCGUGACCUCACACUCAGCAUCAGACCACUCUGACACACACACACACUGAUACACACACACACUCUGACACACACACACACACACACACACUGAUACACACACACACUCUGACACACACACACUGAUACACACACACACUCUGACACACACACACACACACACACACUGAUACACACACACACUCUGACACACACACACUGAUACACACUGAUACACACACACACACACUACUGUUAGGAAAUUCUCAUACAUAUAUAAAGUGGAAAAAAUGGAUCACAAUUAAUACAUAAUAUUUAUGAAAUGUGAAAGAGAGAUGAGCGCGCUGCGAGAGAAGUUUUUAGAAAUACUUUAAAAAAGCACCUGAUCUUGUUGUCUUGAAUUCUCUCCUCUAUCUAAGGAGUUUAAAAUUCUAUCCAUGUGCAAUAUUAAAGCAUCAGCCCAAAAUAAUGACUUCUUGUUUUUUUUUCCUACAAUCUCCACUUAACGUCAUUAUUUCAAUUUUUUCCUGGGAAGGCUUACGAUGUAAGAAUUUUGACUUUCAUGUAAAAAUAAAGAUUUAUUUUAAGAAAACA